CAGUUUGUGUACCUAGCGCACUCCAAAAAUAAAUAUUUCGCUAGGAACAAUAAGUGGAAUUUCUACCCAUUGAAACUCCUUUUUGUAGUUUUUUUGAAGUAGCAUAGCAAAAAAAAGAUUAUAAACGCGAAUCGUUAGCGAAAUGAAAUUCCACGUAUUUCUCUUUGUAUGCGCUGCACUCGUCGCCGCCACCAGCAGCAUUGCUAUUGAGGAUGGCAUCGUGUGUCCCAAGCAACAAACGGACACUUCGGAUGUGGUGCAGAUUCCGUCGCCCAGCAACUGUGGUAUUUUCUACAAGUGCGAACGUGGGCGGCCAAUAGUGAAUAAAUGUCCGCAGGGCUUGCAUUAUAACACGCGACUCAUGGUUUGUGACUACCCAUCGCGCGCCAAUUGUGUACUAAUAAAUCCUGAUGAAUAAUUUUUGUAAAAAUGUGAAUUUUUGUCAAUAAAAUUUUUUUGUUGGAUUACCAUA